AUCAUGUGUUUGGCUUUAGGCUCUGCUGCAGCUGCAGACAGAGGAACAGGUCAAGGACAUGGUGGCGUUCUAUAAGGGUUCUAAAGAGGGCGCCUUCAUCAACGGGAGACCAGUUACAGUCAGUGUGUGCCGGACACUCAAAGAGCUGGAGGGUCCCAGUGGGUGCUCCAUCUACGUCAGUAACCUGCCGAUGAGAAAGUUCUCAGACAUUGCCCUCCUGUGGAUGGCUAGACCUUUCGGAUCCGUGAAAGCCUACCGCAUAAACCGAGCACCGGGCAGUUGCUAUAUCCAGUUUCACAGCCCUGAGGCUGCUGAUGAGAUGGUCAAGAAGUAUGGCACUCGGCCCCCCACAUUCAAAGGCUCCGUCCUCACGGUGUGUCCCUGCCGGAAGCCAGACUCCACCAUCUCCUGGGUAACUCCAAGCAUACAGCUGGGACCGGUAGGAGGGAAGAAGGGAGAUGAGAACGGAGGAGAGGAGAGAGAGAGGCGCAGCUUCAAGAGGAAGAGAGAGGAAUCUGCGGACCUUGAGGGGCCAUGUGGGGACCCUCCCCCUGCAGAGCCAGAAGAGAGGGAUGAGAAACGGAGGAUGAGUGAAGAAGAGAAGGAUGAGAAAGAGAAGACGAGUGUAGAAGCGGAGGAGUGUGUGUAUCAGCCAGGCGCUCCAGUGGGUUUAGACUACAUAGUUCCGGCCAGUGGGUUCUUCUGCAAACUGUGUAACGUGUUCUACACCAGUGAGGUGACCGCCAAGGCGGAACACUGCAGCGGCACGGAACACCACAAGAACCUACGGUCCCGGUACGUCCGUCUGUCUGUCUGCGUCAGUUGUGGCAUGGCGGCUUUGCUCUCCUUGCCGUGCCCGGUGCGGCUGGGCGUGAUGAGGCAGGGGGGACCCCAGGCUGAGCUCCACCGCUGCACACUGGAGAGGAACGUCAACAAGAUGGAGAAACUUCUCAAGAAAGGUGUAGAUGUGGACUGUGUGAAUGACCUUUACCAUGUGGUGUGCAGGUGUGUGAAUGACCUUUACCAUGUGGUGUGCAGGUGUGAAUGA